AUGAUGCACGACAUUCUGAUCAAAAACGGACUGAUAUAUGACGGCAGCGGCGGUGACGCUUAUCACGCAGACGUUGCGGUAACAGACGGCAUUAUUACCGCCGUGGGUGACGCGGCAGCAGGUAAGGCGAACCGCAAAAUUGAUGCAGAUGGCGCCAUCGUGACACCUGCCUGGGUGGACAUUCAUACUCACUAUGAUGGUCAGGUGACCUGGGAUACAGAUAUGAACCCAUCUGCCAGUCACGGUGUGGGUACCAUCGUCAUGGGUAACUGUGGGGUAGGUUUUGCGCCGGUGGCUCCGGAUGGCCAGCAAGCACUGAUUGAACUGAUGGAAGGGGUGGAAGAUAUCCCCGGCACGGCCUUGUAUGAGGGCAUGCCCUGGGGCGCCUGGCAAACCUAUCCUGAAUACCUCGAUUUUCUCAGCGGCCGGGAAUAUGCCCUCAAUAUCUCUUCGCUGGUGGCGCAUGGCGCCGUGCGUAAUUAUGUGAUGGGGGAAAGAGGCCGCACUAACGAGGCGGCUACGGAAGGCGACCUUGCCCAAAUGGGUGAUAUUGUUGAAGAAGCUCUGCGCGCCGGCGCUGUUGGCUUUUCAACUUCCCGCAUUCUCGGGCACCGCUCAAUUCAAGGCGAGCCUGUUCCUGGCACCUUUGCCAACGAUGCUGAGGUGAUGGUCAUCGCCCAGGCGCUUAAACGCGCAGGUAAAGGUCUGUUUCAGAUUAUUCCAUCCAGCACGUUAGGCCCGGGGCGCCCGGAGUUCAGUGAACAUACCUCGCUGGAGCAGGAAAUUGACCUGAUCAGUCGGGUCAGUAAACAAAGUGGCAGGCCGGCCACCUUUACACUUUUCCAGAUUGAUGACUGGUCGGAUAAAUGGCGAGAAGCCAUCGACCGGGUCAAAGCGGGCAAUGCAGACGGCGCGCAGGUGUUUCCGCAAGUGGGCAGCAGGCCCACAGGUCUGGUACUGAGCAUGCAGACCUACCACAACUGGAUGUUGAAACCGUCUUACCAGAAGCUGAAAUCUCUGCCUGCCAACGAACGUAUCAAGGCCAUGCAGAAUCCGGAUAUAAAAAACGCAAUCCUGCGCGAGGAGAAUGACAUCACAGGCGUUCCUGUUGGCUCCAUGGAAUUUGGUAUCUGUCACGCUGAAUUGAACAUGGCGAACACCUUCAUUCUGAAAAGCGACAGUACGUAUGAACCGCGGCAGGAAGAAAGUGUGGCGGCGCUGGCGGGUAGUACCAAUCAGACACCGGAAGCGUGGUUGUACGACUAUCUGACUGAAGAUGAAAACAAUAUGGUCAUUGUGUUUUUCACCAACUAUUCAGACUACAACCUGGAUGCAGUGCGUGAGAUGCAGAUGGAUGAUGCCACAGUCACCGGGUUGUCCGAUGCCGGGGCACAUGUUUCUCUGAUUUUUGAUGCGGUGAAUCCAACCUAUCAAUUGAGCUAUUGGACGCGUGACCGCAGUCGCGGCGCAACGUUACCACUGGCGCACGUUAUUCAUCGCGCGACCCGGAAAAAUGCUGAACUCUUCGGCUUUACUGACCGUGGUUUGAUCAAACCCGGUAUGAAGGCGGACAUUAAUGUCAUUGAUUAUCCGAAUCUACGCCUAGGUGAUUUGCGCAUCGCAAAAGACCUACCGGCUGGUGGCAUCCGAAUCCUGCAGGACGCAAAAGGCUACGUGGCGACACUGAUCAACGGGGUGCCAACGCGCCUGGAUGACGUCGACACCGGCGCAAGACCCGGGCGGCUGAUUCGCAGCUAA